AUGGCGGACGAGGGUGCGGGGAUCCUGGAAACCGCCGCGCGCCUGCCGCCGGGCCCCCCACAGGAGGGGGCCUUGGGCCCGGCCCCGGCGUCUAGGGCCCGAGAAGCCCGGCAAUGCGAGCACCCAAGCCCCGCCGGCUCCGCGACCACCCCGCCAGGCCCUGAGCACUGGGAGGCGGCCUCAGCGAUAACUGAUCGCAGCCUGGAAAACGGCCUUGUCAGGGGCGACGCCCCAGAAACCUGUGGCGCAGAGGGGUGGGGGCCUCGGGCUGAAGAUGGCGGGAAGGCCGAGGAAGUGACGAUUGAGGAGGGCGCCAUCUUCUUGGAGGAGGCGGAUUCGGAGGUACAAAAGCAGCAGGUGGGCGAGGAGAUGGAGGUGGCAGAGAAGCUGGUCGGGGAGGAAAAGCUGGAGGUGAGAGCAGAGGCGCAGGAAAGACCGGGGCCCCUAAACCUUGAUGGCCCAGUUGUGGACCCACUGGAGGCCAUCCAGUGGGAGCUGGAGGCUGUGAGUGCCCAGGCCGACUGGGCCUACCUGCAGCUGGAGCGGAGGUUUGGGCGCAUGCGCCGGUUGCACCUAGCCCGUAGGAGCUUCAUCAUCCAGAAUAUUCCUGGCUUCUGGGUCACCGCCUUCCUGAACCACCCGCAGCUGUCAGCCAUGAUCAGCCUCCGAGAUGAAGACAUGCUCUGCUACCUGAUGAACUUGGAGGUGAGGGAGCUCAGGCAUGCCAGGACAGGCUGCAAGUUCAAGUUCCGCUUUUGGAGCAACCCCUACUUCCGGAACAAGGUGAUCGUGAAGGAGUAUGAAUGCAGAUCCUCAGGCCGGGUAGUGUCAAUUGCAACUCGCAUCCGAUGGCACCGGGGCCAGGAACCUCCUGCUCUGGUACACAGGAACCGGGAGACUGUCCACAGCUUCUUCAGCUGGUUCUCUCAGCACAGCCUUCCAGAGGCUGACAGGGUUGCUCAGAUUAUUAAAGAGGACCUGUGGCCCAACCCCCUGCAAUACUAUCUGCUGGGGGAUAGGCUCCACAGAGCCAGGCGAGGCCUAGCAAGGUGGCCCACAGAGACCCCUCCUAGGCCCUAUGGGUUCCAGUCUGGCUAAGUCCUGCCCCAGGACCUGGCCCCUACAUACAUAAGGCUUCCUUCUGCCUCCUGUGGACCUCUGCUUAGUCCAACAGUGACACUCUGCCAUCUGUGUUCUCCUCCAUGCACUCUGACCUCUGGACAUUCAGUGGACUCAGCUCUAAGACUGUGGCCUUCAUGCAUCAUGGUCCUCACAUGCCACAGUGUCUAUCCAAAGCACCCAAUGCUGUAGAUGUGUACUGCCAUCAUCUUCAUGGCCUAUCCUUUGAUCAUGGCCUUCCCACCCAUUUCUGAGAUGGGCACCCACAAGUCAUCACUAGGAGGAGCAGUACCUCUUCAAGGCCACAACAUGCUCAGCUUCAUCUUUAUGCUGGCCCUGCACAUUGGCUGUUGCAAGCUAAGUCUUAUUACCCACAAUGAACUGGGUACAUUGUGCUGGCUGUACCACCCUUGGACAUCCUAGGGCUUCAGAGCUUCAGGAUCACAGGCCAGGCUACCCCAGACUGUUGGAUUGUUGAGCAUCUGGCAGAAUGUUGGGCAUGGGUGAGGUCAAGGACAUGAAGCAGUGGUCAAUACAUUCUUUGUGAUCACACUCCUCUUACCUGUAUUAGCCUGCUUAUGAAGUUCUGUGCUGUACCUUACCAGUGUCUGGCCAUCACCCAUCUCAUGAGUUUUGCCCAGGUUGCCACUAACCAUUUUGCCUGCUCCCAGGUCUAUAAGGACCUCAAGAACUGCCUGUGGACCCAGGUGGGCUCCCUGCAAAUGCACAGGAGAUUCUCCUAACCCCCAGGAACUUUGCUAUGUUGGCAUAUCUGAGCACGUGCUCAAGGCAGGGCCAAUGACUGGGUCUCUUCCAGAAGCCUACCUUCCUGAGCCCCAGUCACUGAACUCCCACAGAAUCCAGCUUCCCCUGCCUCUACUUGUUUUUAGGCUGCCAGGUUGGGGAUCCUGGGGAUGUUUCUGGUCAUGGGGCCUGUACCUGCCCAGAGCUCACAUCUUUUUAUAUACUUUAAAGUGACAGCUCAGAAACAAACUGAAGAAGCAAGGUUUCUUUAUAAACAGCUGAGGAGACAGUCUUUCUUGUUUAAUUUGCUUCUCUUUGAUUGUCUCCAGAGAGGGAGGAUUGGCUCAUAAACUGCUAGUGCUCUCUUUGUCCCUCUUCCUCAAGGUCUAGAAUCUUCAAAGGGGAACAGUGCGGCUGAACAGAGACACGGAGGUCUGGGCCCUUGGAGGUAGGGAUGGUUCAUUGUUUUGUUUAUGCUGUGUUCUUUUAGUUUUUAAAUUUUUUUUUAAUCCUCA